UGUCAGCAGAUCUUUAAACACAAAUUUAAAAACUGAAAAAUGCUGUCUGCAAGUAUUCUAAGAAACAACCUAUUAAAUAUACACACACCUUAAUAUCAGUAUGCAAGUGAUGUAACUUUUUUCUUUUUGCCUUUCAGGACAACAUUGUGAAAUCCAACAUUGAUAAAAAGUUCUCUGCUCACUAUGAUGAUUUUGAGCAAGAGCUUAUGUCACGCACUGUGGGUCUGGUGACUUUGAAAGACAUGAAAGCAAAGCAAGAAGCCCUUGUAAAAGAGCGCGAAAAGCAGCUGGCUAAGAAGGAGCAGUUGCUUGUGAGCUUCGAAGAUUUGAGAAGCAGAAAGAGAAAAAGAGAAAAGAGGAACAGAAAAGAAAAAUCGCUUGUUUGUCUUUCAAUCCAGAUGGAGGAGACGGUGAAGACUGACAACAUUGUGAAAUCCAACUUUGAUAAAAAGUUCUCUGCUCACUAUGAUGAUUUUGAGCAAGAGCUUAUGUCACGCACUGUGGGUCUGGUGACUUUGAAAGACAUGAAAGCAAAGCAAGAAGCCCUUGUAAAAGAGCGCGAAAAGCAGCUGGCUAAGAAGGAGCAGUCUGAAGAGCUUCGGUUGCGGCAGUUGACGGGGCCCUGGCGCUCGAGGACUGUGUACGAGGUCCACGCCCACUUGCUCGAAGGGGACGCCGAUAAUGGGCAGAGGGAUAAGGGGCGCCGGCGGGGGCCUCCGUGGGGCAGUGCGCUGGCACUGCGGGCAUUGCUGGCAGAAGGCCCGGACCUCCGCGUCCAUCCCGGGCCACACAAAGCGAUCCCUCAGCUAUUCCAGGACAGAAGACAGAGAGUUAGUGUGUUGGGGGGCCUUACCUUCCGUGGCGGCGUCUCCGUCGUCCUGGGCCAGGUAGGCCUGCCGGGCCCGGGUCCUCUUCGUGCAUCGCCGCGGCCUGCCGGACUCAAUCGCCAGGCCCAUCGGGAAUCCUGGCCAGUCCCUUCCAAGGAGCAGGGGCAACGGGAGCUCGGGGAUCACCUGGAGGGGCCAGACGCUGGCUUUACCCCGGAUCUGGACCUCGGCUGCUGGCACUUCCCGGGUGUCCCCAUGGAUGCAGGUUACGUGAAUAAUCUUGACCAGGACUUUGAGGGAGGCAAUUUGAUUCACAUGGAGGAGGAAAAUCGCCUGAGGGAGGAGCUUAGACAGGAAUGGGAGCAGAAGCAGGAGAAAAUCAAGAGUGAAGAAAUUGAGAUCACUUUCAGUUACUGGGAUGGAGCUGGACACCGGAAAACAGUCAAGAUGAAGAAGGGCGAUUCUAUUGAGCAGUUUCUCCAAAGAGCCCUGGAGGUUCUGAGAAAAGACUUCAGAGAGUUAAGGUCUGCUAGAGUGGAGCAGCUCAUGUACAUUAAGGAGGACUUGAUCAUCCCUCAUCACCACAGCUUCUAUGACUUCAUUGUGACAAAAGCUAGAGGCAAAAGUGGACCACUUUUCAGUUUUUAUGUUCAUGACGAUAUCCGAUUGGUAAAUGAUGCUACAGUUGAGAAAGAUGAGUCUCAUGCAGGAAAAGUGGUUCUGAGGAGCUGGUAUGAAAAAAACAAACACAUAUUUCCUGCCAGCCGCUGGGAGCAUUAUGAUCCUGAAAAAAAAUGGGACAAAUACACGGUAAAUAUAAGUUUUGUGCUUUUUGCAGAUUAAAAUGCAUUCACUUGCACUUUUUUAUGGCAGAUUCAAAGAUCCAUAACAUCCAUAACAUUUUUAUGACUUUGGUUCUUUAUUGACUAAUAGCAAUAUAAAUACACACCUUGUACACCAGCGGUCAGGAGCCUUUUCAGCUGGCAGAGCCAUAAAAACCCCAAAAAGUUAUAUCUUUUUCUUUAAAGACCCAGAGAAAGGUUAACACAUUUUCUGACGUUUUUAUGUCUACUUGUUAUUAGUUAUUGGCUUUACUAUGAUUGCAUAAUUAUCAAAAGUGGUAAUGUAAUA